AAACAAAAUGUAGAGUACAAUUGAAAUAAUAAAAGAGUUAGCGGCGGGGGUUUAUAGAGGGUUUAGAGGAACCCGCGAAAUAUCCUUCCUGCCAGCUCCCAUCAAUCAACCGACUACGCAAACACAAUGCGUGGCAACAAGAUUGCUCGUACUUUACUCCGUCGAUCUCGAAUCCCCGCCGUUUCCUCUCCACUCUCCUCCCUCGGAGCACCGUCCUCCACAGUCUUUGCUUCCGAAGCAACGCCUUUUCAAACUACUUGCUCCUCUUUCUCCUGUCGCGACCACGCAUUUCCCUUCUCCCCCGGCGGAACCCUGCGGUUGUUCCAUACCGAUUCCUCUAAAGACUUUCGAGAUGAAGUGAAAGAACAAAAUCCUCUCCAGUAUGGGAGGGAAGAUGAGGGAGAAACCACGGAUGGAUGGGAAGAAGAUGAUGAUGAUCUGGAGCCUGAGCUUGGUGAUGGAGGGGGUGGUGGUGGUGUUGUUUUACAAGGCGUGCCAUGGGGUGAGCAUGUUCUUCUUCUUGCUCAAGAGGUCCUGCUGCAAUUUGGCGAUGACAUAAAACUAUAUUCUUUCAAGGCCACUCCACGUGGGUACAUUUAUGUCAGAUUAGAUAAACUCUCGCACAAAUUUGGUUGUCCCAGCAUGGAGGAGCUUGACAGUUAUAGCAAAGAGUACAAAAAAAGAUUGGAUGAAACUGGAGCACUUGGAAAUAUUCCCGAUGAUUUAGCCCUUGAGGUAUCAUCUCCAGGUGCAGAGAGAUUACUGAAGGUUCCAGAUGAUCUGUCUAGAUUUAAGGCCAUGCCAAUGCGAGUUUCUUACAUUGAAGAUGUAGAUUCAAGAGGCUCUGAAAAUGAUGGAGUUUUUAUGCUGGAUCAUGUAGAAUUGGAAUCUGGAAGCUGUAUCUGGAAAUUGGCAAACGUGAGGGAAAACCGAGAUCCUUUAAGUAAGGGUAGGCCUUUGACUCGUGAGCAGAAAGAAUGGAGGUUAAAGUUACCCUAUGCAAAUCAUAAGAAGGUAUUCCUUUACCUUGAAUGCUGAGAGUCAGCUCCUCAAUGUUCAAAAGAAAGGAUUGGUUGUGUACUUAAUUCAUGAGGUUAGUGUUAGUUUUACGUAGGAUUUUUUUUAUUCGAGGUCUUGGAGCUUUUCCCCUUGGAUACUUUCAUCUGUUUGGAAAAGUUGUGUCCAGUUCAAGCAUUAUUUUCUCAUAGGAUUUUUUUUUUGGGAAUUGAUAUAUUUGUAAGGAUUUGGUAUGCCGGGUAUAUCUCCACUUUUGCUUGUGCAGAUCUUUCAGCUGAUAUUUUCUUUUCUCAACUGUAUGGAACUUCAAAGUUGAUAUUUUUGCCUCUAAUCUAAUUCAUUUUCACAGCCUAA